AUGCCGUCAAGUGACCUUGAAUCUGCAAAGAACACCUUAAAUACCUGGUAACAAAUAAUCACGCACACUGUCAAAAUAACUCACGCGACAAAUACCAACACAUCCGUAUGCAAAGCACUGAAGCAACGUGCAUUCCUUAAUACUCACACAGGCGUGGAUGUAGGCGACGGCUAAGUGGCAAAGAGCAGUUUCUCUUAACACUGAUGAGGUUAUGGAGAGGCUUCUACAUGGAACAUCUGGGGUGGUUGUUUAGGAUUAACAAAAGUACAGUCAGCCGAAUAUUUGUCAGUUGGGUGGAGUUUGCUUACCUUCGUGUGUCAGUAAUUCCAAUAUGGCCAACAAGGGAACAAGUCGAUCAAACUAUGCCCCAAACCUUGAAAGACAGUUUCCCUAAGACACGUGUUAUCAUAGACUACACUGAGUUGUACUGUGAAGCUCCCACAUCACUAGAGCUAAAAGGGAACAUGUAUUCUGACUAUACAGUUAGGGAGACCUAUAAGGCCCUUGUAGGAAUUACUCCUGGUUAAGUGUCUCUUGUUUCCCAGCUUUAUUAUGGGAGUUUAUCUGACUGAGAGAUAGUAGAAGGAAGUGGUCUUCUUCACCCAAACAUGUUUGAUGAUGGUGAUGAAAUAAUGACAGAUAAAGGAUUUAACAUAAUUGAUGUUACUGAAAAAAUUGGGGUGAGGCUUAACUUGCUAAUUUUUCUUCUAUCCAGGGAUCAAUUUGAAGCUAAGGAAACUGUUAUUAACCAGAAAAUAGCCUCCAACAGAAUACAUGUGGAACGUUUUAUCAAUAAGGUGAAAAAGUUUCGACUUUUAGGCAGAACAAUUCCACUGUCUCUGCAUGGAUCUAUUAUUCAGUUAUGGACAGUUGCAGCUCCAUUGACAUUCAUCCAAUCCAUUAUCCAAUCAUAUCUGCAUGAAUCGGAUUUGGAUUUUGUAGCAAUCAUUCUACGUAUAUGGCAUUGAUUCAGUUGGUUAAUAUUAUUGCUUCUGCCAUGGAUAACAGGGUCGACUGCUGGAGUUUUCUUGGACAUUUCAAAAGCUUUUGACACCAUUGAUCAUCAUAUUUUGCUCAAUAAGCUCGAUCGCUACGGUAUUAGUGGGCAUUCUUUUAAUUGGGUCUCUAGCUAUUUGACAAACAGGAUGCAGCUUGUCCAGUUUACUUCAGUAUGUUCUCAACCACAGAACCUUUCUCAUCCUUAUACUAUACAUUGGUUUACCCGUAUCUUAACUAUUGUAACAGUGCUCAACGUAUCCAUCCAAUUUGAAUAGGAUUCUCUACCUACAGAAACGCAUCGUCAGAAUCAUUUGUGGAACUGAAUAUCUUGCCCAAACUGGACCUCUUUUUCGGACUAUUAAAAUCCUUAACAUUUUUAACAUUAAUCCGUUUUUUGUUGCGUGUUUUAUGUACUCACAUCAUAAUAACCUCCUUCCUCAUACGUUUAACACAACAUUUGUUACUAAUCGCCAAGUACACACCUAUAAUACUCGAAGUGCUAAUAACUACCGACCUCAUUUCUGUAGAACAAACAUUAAACAGUUCACAAUCCUCCAUCUAGGACCUAAACUAUGGAACUCCCUUCCCCAUUUGUUACUCUAGCUUCAAACCUCAUCGAGAGAGCUAUGAAUUAAACUCGCCUGACCAUGAUAUGGCAGCUUACAUUAAAUCAUAAUUAAGUAUGAGGAGCCCAAUUUCUACAAGCCAUUUAGUUUCCAUUGGGCUUCCUCGCCACUCUGUCUAUUACAAAAGUGAAGUCACUUAAUGUUAUAUUUAAUUUUGAACUCUUUUUUGUAGCUUUUCCUGCCCUGUAAAUUGUGCAAUCUUAGUAAUAGUAUAUACAUAUCUUUCAUUUUCUUUCUGUAAUGUUUAUUCUGUGUGGCAAAUGUAAAAUAAAUAAAUCACUAGUGACCUGAGCACCAAACUGUGGUGGAAUCUAAGUGGAGGUGUCAGACUUAAGUGUACCACUUUUAUCUUUCUACAGUAACUAAAAUGUAAUUAUUGCUAAACAAUAUCAAUGUGUUAAGAAAAAUGUAUGCAGGGUUAAAGUUUAUAACGGUGAAAGUUAUAGUUCAUGGGAUAGUAUCAUUCUUAAAAUGUGUUUCAUGCUUUUGUUUUUGGUGACAGUGAUAUAGCAAUUAUCCUUACAGUAUUCUAUUAUGCAGCCUUAUUCUAAGGGGUGUUGCUGAAGAUAAUUUCACACUUUUAAUUACUAUCUUUGAAAGGAUGGAGGAGAAAUAAUUGUUGUUAACCUUUGUGAGGGCAUCUUUCCAGAAUUGUUCAUCAAGAGUAAAACGUUCAAUAUAAAGACUUUUAUGUGUAUAAACAACAGUCAUUGAACAUAGCUGACUGGUUUAUGCUAGCUGACAUUGAACUUGAAAAUAGUACGGGUGUUCUUGUUUUAAAUGCAAACUAUUUCCUACAGCUUCGAAGUAAAAAUUUUUAUUGGCCUGUGCCACAUCCAUGAGGUCACUGUCUCUUUGAUCAUUCGGGCAUUUGGACUCUCCAAUACCAACUUAUUGGGGAACAGUAAUUUCGAGCAGCCUAACCAUCUAUUAGUAACAUUUACCACUAAUCCACAGGGCAAAACGUUCAUAUCCUGUCCAAGUGAAGCAAAACACUCAAGGUAUAUUCUCCAAGCAUCUGACUUGUACAUUGUACCACAGUCCAAUUUUCUUUGCACAAAUGUUGAUGGAGUUGAGUCCCCACAAACAAAGUUUUUUGCACGCCUUUCUUUCCCUCUCUUCCAACUGUAAACUUCAUAAAACUUGAAAGCAGUCGCCCUGUUUUGUUGCUGCUCCAUCCAAAUGGGAGAAUUCGCCUGGUCUCUUGUACCUCUCUCUAAAGAUCAGGAGUCUGUAGCUGAUAAAUCCAAAUCAUCAAAGACAAGGAGUUCCUCAUCUUUUAGUUGAUGUUGCCCAAUUUCAUAGUAGACUGGGACUUCGUCGUGAGGAAAGGAAGGAUAUCCUUGAAUUAAAUCAAACGGUUCCUUGACCGAUCGUUGGGUCAACCGAGUAAUACGCUUGAAAAUUUUCUGCAUAAAUUGGUAAUUGUUGUGAAAGUGGUGAAAAAGACUGGCAUCUACCAUACUUUGUUUCCUUAUAAUCAAUUGCAAGAAUACCUUUUUCCUUGCGGAUGGAAUUCACAAAAGGGAUCAUGGGAUUAACCUUUGCCAGUUCAAUUUGACACUGACUUAAUGAAUCAAAAUUAAGUUGUUUCAGAUGUUCUGCUCUGGCAAAUUGUACGCAACUCCCAUGGAUUCUGGCUUUUUUUUAACUGUGGUGUCCACAACUGAAGAUUUAGAGAUAUUCUGUUGCUGCUUUCGUGGCACUGUCCAGCCACAUGGUUUUGAAAUACAGGGUAGAAGCUCAGCGAUGCACUUCGAUUCUUCCAAAGAAAAUUUGGCAGUGACCUUCAUUAGUGCAUAA